UCAAAACCUGACUGUCACGUUUUCCAACUGACGUGUCGCAUUGGGUUAUUGAGGAAAAAUACAGGAGUGUUUUUCCUGCUUCUUCUUUCACCGCCAGGUAUUAGCGAGGGACUGAACCAUGUCAGAGCCAACCAAGCAGGAAAUUUCAACUAUUUUUAAGCGACUUCGGUCCAUUCCCACUAACAAGGUGAGAGUUUUAGACGAGAGUUUUAGCGCGUGCUCUCUCUUUAUGAACGAGGAAGUGAGCUGAACUCAAAUGUUUGACACGUCGCACUGACAAACGCCACGGCUGGUGUCAACCCUCUGCCUUCACUUGAUACGAAACUGUAACAUGUCAUUUCUUUUAAAAUACAUUAACGCACAGGUUGUUUUGUUUAAAAACAUCAUAUUGUGAUAUUUUCCAGAGAGCUGACUUUGUUUAAACGACCCAAGUGGUUGACAACACAGCUAGCUAGCUGUACUGUGACAGCUGACAUUAGCCGUGUUUGUGAAGGGCUUCAUUUCUGUUUGCUUUAAACUUCCUCGACGCCUUUGGUCCACUUGGAAAAACGUGCGAUAGUGGGAGUUUGGACACUGUUUUAUCAGAAAGUCAUCAUCAUUGUUAAACUGAACUCAUUCUGCUAACAGCUGUUCAGAUGAGAGGAGUGUAAAACAUGUAAAAAUGUGCGAAAUUCACCUUUAUGUUGUUUAACACUGACUUCAAAUCCUUACAGUGGUCACUUCUACUGCUUUUUUAAAGUAUUUCAGAGCAAUGAUAUAGUAAAGAGGGUGCUGGAUUUCCUCUAUAGUUUUAUUUGUUUUGUUUUAAUGCAAAUAAAUGUAUUUGAAUUGUUAAAUAAUGCUUUAUUUUUCUGCUGCAGGUUUGCUUUGACUGCUCGGCUAAAAACCCGAGCUGGGCCAGCAUCACUUAUGGUGUGUUCCUGUGUAUAGACUGUUCAGGGACUCACAGGUCUCUUGGGGUUCACCUGUCCUUCAUCAGGUGAGUGAAUACUCAAUUAUCAACUUAUUUUGAGAAAAGUUACAAAUUAAGUUUAAUGGAAUAAUCAAAGUAUUAUUAGUAGUAUGAAAUGAUCUGAUUGAAACAAAAUGCACAUCACAUUUAAACUAAAUUAUCUUGAUAGUAGUAGUAAUGAAUGGAAAGAACGCAACAUUGUCCUUAUGUGACCUCGGUGCUGAGGUGGAACAUUUUGUGCCGUCCUGGUCAUUAAUGUCAGGGAGCGUGGGGUAAGUUGAGCCACCCUCUGUUGCUUGGAAAUGGUUAAAGAAAUUGAUCAUAUGACCAAAUAUUUAGGAGAUGGGCAUCAAUUCAUGGAGUCUGUGAAGGUUGGAAGCACAUGGGUGAAGGGGUUAGACAUUUAUUUACAAAAAAAAAAAGCAUUUUUCACUCUUGAAAGUGAAUUUAGUCUGUCAUAAGUUUUAUUAGAAUUGUGUUCAGACCACACGGGGUAAGUUGACCAUAGGAGACCACUUUUUUUUGUCAUGCUAUAUUAUCAAGACAGUUAUGUUUACACUCAUUCUGUCUGUUUGCAGGGAUGCACAACAUCUUGAAAUAUAUGCAGAUACAAUAGUUGGAGACAAAACUAGGAUUGUCUUGAUGUAGUGAAUCGGAAUAUGAAAAAUAGCUCAUCUUACCCCUCUCUUCCCUAUCUUGUUUAUAUUUUAUUUAUAAUGAAACAAAAUCCAGACAGAAAACUAAACCCUGGAUCAAUUCCCCAGACUUCAGAAACAUGUAAGGACACAGACAUGAGCCAAAUCUUAAAGGGAGAACCAGCUUUGACAGAAUCCUUGUCAAACCUGUUGAGUGACAUAAAAAUUCAGAGUUAGCUCAAAUCCUGACAGUGUUAAACAUUGUCAGAUUUAGCAAGUUUAUUACUUUUAAAGGGGCAGCUCCUUUUAAGAACCUCUUAGAAAAAGGUAAAUCUUCAAAGUUCUCUAAGUAAGGCUCUUUAGAUUUUAUAUGUUAGCUGCUCCUUUGUUACAUAGUUAAUGAACUAAACUCCAAGAAUGUAGGAAAACAAGGAAAAAGUGACAUGGGAUAAGGAACUUAAAGUCCCUAUCGUUUCAGCGUAAUACAACUACAAUAUCCCAUCAAGCUGUUGGUACAAAUGUGGACAAAACAAACCAGCCACAACCACAUGUUAUAUUCAUGGCCUGUUUUAGAACAGCACUAGUCCCCAGUUUAAGAUGAAGUAAAUGGAGUUUUUAUUUAGGUCCACAGCCCUGACUUUUAGUUCCAAGCGCUCUCCAUUAUAUCAGACAAAUACCUGUACCUGUGUACUAGAAGUGUACACACUCAUGCCUGUGUAGAAAAUGUGUUCAUGUUAAUGUUCUCUUUUUUCAUACAUGUGAUAUGCAGAUUUACCCAUUCAUAUGCUGAUAGGCUUUUUGUGUGUGUUUGUUUCUUUUUCUUCAAAGCUGUGUAAUGAAAAAGAUUUUUAAAAUUCUCAACAUUUUUGUGUCCCUCAGGUCCACAGAACUGGAUUUCAACUGGUCCUGGUUUCAGCUGAGAUGUAUGCAAGUGGGAGGCAAUGCCACUGCGGUCAGUAUAUAAAGAUCACAGUUAUGAUACCAACAGGUUUAUUCCUCUCAGUAUUGCUUCACACACACUCAAUGUGUUCAAAUUCAUCCUUUUUUUUCCUCCCCCGUUUCUGCUCAGAUUUCAUUUUUCAGUCAACAUGGUUGCACAUCCAGCGCAGCGAACACCAAGUACAACAGCCGAGCCGCUCAGCUGUACAGAGAGAAGAUCAAGACUUUGGGAACACAGGCUACCAGACGCCACGGCACCGAGGUAACAGAUACGUUUCUUAGUUUGGAUUCAUGUACAUUGGCUAUUUGUUUAUACUACUUUGCAUAAAUCAUGACAUUUGUUCCUUCUCUUCUGUGCAGCUUUGGCUUGACAGUCAGGCUCCUCUCUCCCCAACAUCACCUGGUGACAAGCAGGUGGAUUUCUUCAGUCUGCAUUCAGAGGUGAAGCAGUAAGCUGUCUUAGCUUAGGUGUUAUGUUUUAUUAUUCCUAUGCUGUACAAUCACUAAUUUCACUUUCCAUAUCUAUGUGAUGAUGUUCCAGGCUGUUCCUGAGAAUUUGAACAUGGCCAAAAUGAGUCUCAGCUCCUCCGUGUCAGAAAGACCUUCAACCCCAGAUAAGGAGGAAGACAGAAACGGUACUAGAUCUUCUCUUAUAACUAACUGCAAAUCUUCUUGUAUUUAUUAUAAUAUCAUUUGUGAGGCUCAUUGCUAACAUGACUCGUUUUCAGGGAAUUUAGAGGAGGGUCCCAGUGUUGAGAUGCUGAGUGUUUCUCCAAAAGCAAAUCCAGGUGGGUAUGUAAGGUUACAAAAACAUAGAAUCCUUGUAGUGUUUUUUAAGUCACGACGCUUUGUCGAAAUAGUCAACACAACUCACUAUUCCAGUCCUUACAAACAACAGCGAAAAAAAAUUCUUAUUAGAAGAAGAAAAUCUGUGUUCUGUCUUAUUUAUUACUAAACUAACAGAGAAGUAACUUUACCCUCCUCUGAUCUCUACAGAUCUUCUCUCUCUUAUUAAGAAAAAGCCGACUACUACCAAGAAAACGGUGCGUACUCAAUCUCUUGAAGAUUCAGGUCGCUUUUUAUCAAAUAUAUCUGUGUCCACAGCCUUUGUGUUCAUUGUGUCAUAAGUAAACUGUCCCUACUUCAGUUGGCCUCAAAGAAAGGUGGUCUAGGUGCUCAGAAGGUCAGCAGUAAGAGUUUCUCUGAGCUGGAGAAGAAAGCUCAAGCGGCUGACAAGCUCAGGGAGAAAGAGGACAGCACUGCUACCGCCAAGAGGAACUCUCAACCUGAGGAAUCCAUGUGGGUCUUUUUUUCUCUCUUAAGUCUCUUUUGUGGUAGUUUUGUAUUUAACUUGUGUGUCUAUGCUGCUAUUCUCUCCCUCUGGUUGUAUUUUUUAAACCCUUGUCUGUCUUUCCUUUAGUGCUCCAUCCAUGAGACUGGCAUACAAGGAUCUUGAGCAGCAGAGGAAAAUGGAGGAGAAGAAAUUGAAGGGAUUAGAGGGGAAUAAGAAAGAACAAGCUGAGAGACUCGGCAUGGGACUGGGCAUCAGGGGGUAAGAUGAUGAGGAGGAGACAUGAACACUGAAGAUUGUGUGCAGCUGAUUUAAAAACUGGUUUCUGCCUGUCUUUGUUUUUUUUUUUAUGCGGUCAUCAUCACACUGUUUACUUGUCCACUCUGCAGUGGAGUGUCUCACUCUGUGACAUCAGACAUGCACAUCAUCCAGCAGGAGACUCCUGUAGGAGCCAAAAGCAACAAAGGAAGAAGGUUCAAUGAUGACGAUGAUGAAGGCUCCUUCUCCUCAAGGUCAGAUUAACAAAAAGUUUACUGCAGUACUUUUUUCUUGUACAAUCCAAGUUUCCAAUAUGCUCUGUUAAAUGUUGAUAAAAACAGAUUUUGGUGGUUUGUGAAUUAUUGAAACCCUCUGUAGAUGCAAAUAGUGCAAAGACGACAUAUUAAAAGUUGAAACUGAUUUUUUCAUCCAAUAUUGGAUGGAAAUGAUCUGAUGAUCAGAUGUCACUGCAUUAAAACAGAUAGUACUUUGUAGUGGAAAUCACAGCAUGUGCUUAAAAUCCCUUUCGGAAAUCAUUUAUCUGUGAACACAUUUCAGUGCUGCGUUCACAAAUACCAUGCAAAGUGGACAUUAUGUAUAUUAACAUGAUCUAGGAAUACUGGCAACUUUUCUUAGUUGAAGUCCAUUUAGGAUGCACCAGGGCUCGACAGUGUGACCACUUUACUCGCAUUUGCGACAAAAAAAUAGAUGUGUGCGAAUUUUAAAAUGUAUUUAAGGGCACAUGUGCGCAUAAAAGAAUUAGCCAAGGCAACAAAUGUUUUUCAUUUAAAUACUGCGGCGAAGUUAGUUUUAGGUUAGAUGUCUGACGGACAUUCACUGUGGCUCUACCGGUGUCUUCUCACUCUCCAUAACUGGUAAUAGCAACAGCAGCGCGGUUAAAAAUACUCAGUAUCCUCACUGUCAAUGUUGGAUGUUGAAUAAGGGACCAUCUAUAAAUUACCAGUUAAUGUUCUCAGGAAAGGCAGUUUUUCUUCAAUAGCUUCCAUGUCAUGUGAGCAAUUGACCUAAAAUUGAUUUCAAAUAAUAGUCGACAAAUAAGACACACUCUUUAUUUCCCUAAUUUGUCCUCAUACAUUUUUUUGUGUUAAAUUAAAGGCAAAUUUUGAACAUUUUCUUCAAUAGCUUCAAUUACAUGUGACCAAAAGACCAAAAAUAGAUUUCAAAUUAUAGUACUUAUUUCGACCAAUGAGACAAACAUUAUUUCAUCAACUUUCAUUGUGACCCUUAAGUUCUUUGUGUGCUCCUUACUUAUUCAACUUAAGAGCACAUGUGCUCUUAGUGAAAAAUGUUAUUGUCAAGCCCUGUGGACUGAAGUCAAGUAAGAAACUUUGCUGUGGUCUGACCAAUCAAAAUUUGCAAAUCACCUGCGCUAUGUUUUUCUGCCCUGAAAUGUCUUUGAAUCCGACAUUAUUCUGAACUUUUUCUCAGGGUGUCGUCUCGUUUUGAGGAUCAGCCAGAAUUCUCGGAUAAGUUCUCCUCACGGUGGGAUGAUAGGAGUGAGGGAGGAGGCUGGAUGAAGGAAAGCAAGAAACCAGAGCCGGACUUCUUCUUAUCCUCCACCAUCUCAUCUCUGGAUGAAAGGUACAUUAUGUGUAUGACUGUCAAUGUGACCCAUGACUUUAGUUUACUGGAGUUUGUUGCUGCUUGAUGCAGAGGGACAUUCUACUUCUGAAAACUUGCAGAGGAUUACUUUAAGUAUCUGUGAGUGAAAAGACACAGAUUCCCUGUUUUUCUGUAGUUAAAACUUUGGGUUCACAAAUAACACACACAUCAACCACUAAAACAAAUCUGUGUCCAGUAUGAGUAUCAUUUCCCCUCUUACCACAUUAGAAAAGUCAAACCCCCUCAAGACCCCUUCUUUUAGGGUAUACAGCUGUUGUUUUGGGUUUUGUUUUAAUAGCUACCAUUUCUCGUCAUUGUUUGUCAUCAGGCCCACAUCCAGAAGAAAACCAGAACCAGUCGUGGACUCUGGAGAAGCUCAGAAAAAGUUUGGAGCUGAUGUGAAGUCCAUCUCUUCAGACAUGUAUUUUGGAAACCAGGAUCACUCUGAGGUACAGCAUCUUCAUCUUUUGUGAACUUUGAUCAAUACUUGAGGCCGUCUGCAACUGUUGAUGUUAGAAGUCUUUGUUCUGGACCCUGUUUUAAACUGUUUCUGGGACAACUGCUGUAUGAGAUAUAACAAAAUAUGUUUGUAUUCUGUUGUUUAGUAUGAGGCCAAAUCACGACUGGAAAGAUUGGCUGGGAAUGCUUCUAUAAGCUCAGCUGACCUGUUCGAUGAGCAGAAGAAACAGACUGGUAAGAGUCUACUCCACCAGAUUCAUGAAUACUUGAUUUUGUAGACAUUUAAUUACUGACACUGAAUACAAGAUCCAACUUUAUGGUACAUUUUAAGGACAAGUAAUUAUCUUAUAUCAGUUUCAAUGGGGUGCUUUAGAUGUAUUUGUGUGUUCAUUUCAUGUUGUUCUCACUACCUGCUUCAUUUUCUGUGUUUGUCCUUUUGUUUGCAGCCACUUCAUCGUACCGUCUAAGCAACGUGCUACCCAACGCUCCUGACAUGUCGCAGCUCAAACUGGGAGUGCGCUCAGUUGCCGGGAAACUCUCCGUCAUGGCCAGUGGCGUUGUUAACACAAUUCAGGUCAGCAGAGAAACAAAAAAACAUCAAGCUUUAGAUCGAAUAACAAAGUUUCAAGUUUUAAUACCUUUUUUUUUUUCCUUUCUCCAGGAUCACUACAAUUCCUGAGUCAUGGUGCGUUUUGUCUUUGGCUCAACGCCCUCUUUACCGUCUUCAGAGCUGAGAAGUUUUUUACUGAGUGGUGGUCACUUAUGUGGGUAUGGUAAAAAAAAAAGAAGAUCAUCCAGUGCUGUGGACAAAUCUGUUCUAUACUUUCCCCCCUAAAUAACCCUGAGUACAUCUCUAUUUAGUUUUAUAUGGGACCAUGUAAAUAGAAAAGUUGCUACAAUCCAGAUGGCCGAAGCACAAUAUUUUCAGUGGAGCUCUAUGCCCCCUGCUGGCACCUUGAAGGGAGAUAUAUGUGUAUAAUUUAGAUAUGAAGAAUAUUCACUUGCUUUGCUUAGCAGUCUUGGGUUCAUAUGCGUGUCAGAAUGCUGUAUGUAGCAGAAGGUGUUUUGAAGAAAAGGCUACCUUUCCUUUUCUUUGUGUAAUGAGUUCAAAACCCCAAGCAGUGGAAAGAAAUGAGCUGUACUUUUUAAUUGGUCAUACUUGCUCAUUACACGCACUCUGUAGGGUCAUGUUGUGCUCUUAUCGUGUGUCUUGCACAUUCCUGAAAGUUUGAAAGUGUCCUUUCCGUCCCCAAAGUGCACUUAUAUUUUCACUUUAAUGGGACCAAAUGUUGAUAAAGUGGGCUAAUGGGGACUAGAUAAAGAUUUGUAAAUGAUGCCGCCCUGUUUGCACAUAAGCUUCAUUGUUAAACAAACGGCUUUGUUUGCCUUAUUUCUCGUUCUUCUUUUUCUCCUUUUCUUUGUUGCUAUACAUUUGUGGUCACAGUGGGAUGAAUUAGAAGUGGGAGCAUGUGUAAAGAAGAAGUUUACCAAAUAGCUAUCUCAAUGAAUUUAAUAUGAAAAGACGUAUCACACAGUGUCUGUUCGUUAAAUUUGUAGCCCCAGGUAGCAUUAAACAAGCUAAGCUAAGCAUAGUACGAAUACUGCCUGAUGGAGACUUCCAUUGAUGAACAUCUAAUCUUGUCGUAUGGUUUGAUAGAAAAAAGUGUGAUCGAUAUUUUAGGGAGUUGGUAGGAAAGGUUAACGUUACACUUUGACAGAGCGAGUCUCGUUGUCGCCACCAUAGAUCGUAUAAAACAAGGAUGUCAUUGUUGGUGUUGGAGGGGUUCAAUGCCAAACGACGAUGGUCAUCAUAAUGAAAACGCAAACUAAAUUUAUAGAGGUGGAGCUGUGACAUCCACCUAAGUCAAGCUGUUGUACCAGUCUAAACGUUAGCGCCAAUUUCAAGUGGACACUUUAAGACCUGCAGUUUUUUUUUCAUGUCCACAUUAGCUUCAUUUCUCACACUAGUGGUUUUCACCUUGUUCCUGCCUAUUUCCAGUUUUAUUUCAAGCUAAGACGAUGACCUGCCAAGGCAUAAAAAAAAGGUAUUAGCCUGGUGUUCACGUUGUAUGAAAGUUCUUUAAAAGCUAACAUGUAACUGGUAUGACUUCAGUAGCCUAAGAAAGUCUGUAGAUGUAGGCUAGUUGCACUAUGCGUCAUAAUCUGUUACUUUUCUCGAUCUCUGAGUUUUGAAUUGGACACUUUAGGAGGUUGUAAUGAAAAAUGUGUUCAACGUUGUAACCUGCUGGACAUCAUGGGGUGCGUUUUGGUUUCAAUUUGUAGCUACUUUAUGUUGGAAUUUAUGUUUACAUGUCGGGGGGAGGGUUUUUAUUUCGAUUGACCUUAGUAUAACCUUUGUUUUUAAUUAAAUCGCAUGCUUGUUAGACCUAAAAUAAGAAAGUUCUGUUGUGGUUGGAUCCCUUUGUAGAAUUCAGGUCUCCUUUAAAUCUGAAUGUAAACCGUAAAAAGCCUUUGCGAUGUGUUUUUGUUGCUGUACUGUCAAGUCUUUGAUCAUGUCAGAUUUGAUAGCUCGUAAUUUGACAAAUGUAGCACUUGAAAUGGUGCUAUGGGUUGAUCAUGGUUUUGACGUUUAAAGCAAUAGGUUGCUAUGAGGUAAGGAAUUACCAUAGCUUGUGCUGCAGCUUGAGGAUAGUUUGCCAUGGUUCUAAAAAUGCUUCGUAGAUGUCCAAAACACUAAGAGGGCAAAAGUGUGAGUUGUAGAUCCUUCAGUGACCAAAUAUCUGUUUACUCCAUCACUCAAUGCCUUAGUCCAAAGAAACUUAAUUCACUUUCCCUCUUUAUGCUAUAUGGUGGAGUCAUCUUGUUACCUUUUUGCACAUGACCUGAAAGAAAUUGCAUGUGGCAGCUUUUGCUUGAAUGUACUUAAAUCCAAUUGAACCUUUUGCCUUGAAGUUGAGAAGCGUCCUUGUUAUACUUUUUUUUCGUAUUUUGUCAAUCUCUGUAAAUGAUUUGCGUGUCUUUUGAUGUUUAAUAUUAUUAAAUGUAACAGGAAGAAAGUAGCUCAGCAAACUGGCCCCUGUAGUUUAUAUCUGACACAUCAAUAAAGCUCACAUACCUACAGCUAUUUAAUAUUGAAGGUAACAGAAUUGUUCAAUAAAAUCUGUGCAUUCGGCUGAAAACUUAUACAAACAAUGCUGUAUAGGGCUUAGAAAUCAAGUUUUGACAUAUUUUGACACUGAAAAUGUAACUCAGACUUUUGGGAAUAUGCCAAAUAAAUGGCUUAUACUAUGCUAAAAAA